ACUAUGUCACGAUGUCACGACGACGUCUGUCAAAUUGUCAGUGUUGUCAAAAUUUUAAUCGAAAAUUCGUGUGCGAGUUUGGUUUGGGCGGCUCACAUCAACCAAAAAUCCCUUAAUUCUGCACAUGGGGAAAUAUAUUCUUUUAGUUAUUUUGUAACAAGAAAUCUACCAUGAAAGAAAAAUGGAAUUAUAUUUUAUAUCUUAUUUGGUUUGCAUAUCUUAUUCUCUCUGCAGUUUUGAUGUUUGGACAUGGUUUCUUGCUAUCCCGAAAAACCCUGAGUGAUGUUACAAAAUGUGUGCCACUGACUGAAAUUGGCUGCGAUGGAUGGGAGAAGGGAAAUUCUACAGAAGUAUGUAAGGAAGAGGACAAAAUUCAUCGGUUGCUGGCAAAUCCCGGGUCAGAAAUCGUGUGCGUGCCGACAAAGUUUAGGGUUGUAUUAGUUUUAGUAGAUGCUUUGCGCUAUGAUUUUACUGAGUAUGAUAAAGGCCUGGAGAAGCCGUUACCUUAUCAGAAUCGGUUGCCUGUGAUGAAGGAGAAUUUAGAUCUUUGGCCGGAGCGCACGCGUCUCUUUCGUUUCAUGGCUGACCCGCCAACCACUACGCUUCAGCGAAUUAAAGCUCUUGUGACCGGUUCUCUGCCGACAUUCGUGGAUGCCAGCUCAAAUUUUGCUGCAAUGGAGUUACAGGAGGACAAUUUAAUUGAUCAGGUAACUAAAGGUGGUGGUAAAGUGGUGUUGCUUGGUGAUGACACAUGGUCCCGUUUGAUGCCUGGUCGUUGGUUGCGGUCACAUGCCAUGUACUCUUUUCACACCUGGGACUUGGACACUGUGGAUAAAGAAGUGGACUCAAAAAUAUACGACGAGCUGAAGAAAGAUGAUUGGGACCUGCUUGUAGCUCAUUACUUGGGUGUGGACCACGCGGGUCACAGGUAUGGUCCAAACCACCCCGAGAUGACAAGGAAACUGGAUGAAACUAAUGUGCGGUUGAAGAGAAUCAUUGACGAUCUGCCUCCAGACGUUCUCCUGUAUGUGGUGGGAGACCACGGCAUGACAGAAACAGACUCACAUGAAGGAAAAGAUUCGGAGGGUGAUCAUGGGGGGGAGAGUAAGGCAGAGCGGACAGCGGCUAUGUUCGCUUAUAGAGGAAGUGGGUUGAGUGGAGACAGUUCUCCGUCCAAUAUUGGAGCUGAGGUCCAACAAACGGAUUUGGCUCCGACGUUGAGUGCGGCUUUAGGCCGACCUCCUCCGGCGCCGUCUCUAGGCAGCCUGCUACUCCCAGUGUUGCCUACAAUGUCUGUAUCCCAUACAUUGCUGCAUAUUACCAAUAACUUGAAACAAAUAAGGCAGUAUUUGGUACGUUAUGGCGAAGAAUCUCAGCAGAUAUCUCUGGAUAGACUUGCUCAACUUAUUAAUGCUACCAGAGAACAACUUGAUAAGGCGUCAAGCAUUGAAACUGAGGAGCAGUUAGCAAAUUAUGUUGCAGAUGUCAGGGCCUUGAUUGAGAAUGCCCGCGCCGUUUUUAGAGAAGUCUGGGUCGAAUUCGACUCUCUGUCCAUGUUAAGAGCACUGCUGCUACUCCUUUUAGCUAUAUUUUUCAAUUGGUUAAUAACAGAAGGUCUUCCAAUAGAUCGUGUGCCUUUAGUGUUCGCUAGUACCUUUGUCCCGACGGGAUUCUUAGCGAUGGCUGUGUGUGUAGGUGUGUGCUACAGUGCCUAUUUCUUCGAGCUACUCGAUGAUCUCGAACAUGCCAUAAUUUUGAGUACGGGAUUGAUAUCCGGUGCGAUUUCGUGCACCCUCGUCAUAAUGCACUGGGAUGGCAUAACCCAAAGAUGGUAUGAGGGUCGUUCGUUGUUUUACGAAAGGUUCGCUAGGGCGGCUUUAGUAGCAUCCGCGGCGGUUCUAGUGUCGAACAGUUACAUAAUCGAAGAAGGAGCCGGCCUAUCUUUCUUAUCGCUGUCGGUUUUGGCUUUGAUUGCGUGGAAUGUGGGGACGAUUAAGGUCAUAGCGCUUUGGGCGUGUUGCGGGGUGGUGUUGGCAGUAUCGAGGUCGUAUAGGGGAUGUAGAGAGGAGCAGGGGGAUUGUUGGACAGCAGGGGAGGGUGUGCCGUCGGGGCAGGCGUCGCGAGGAGCGUUAGUUUUGGCGCUGGGUUCGGUGGCCGCCGUCGUGGCAGUGGCGAGACGUCACGUGGGUUGGCGAGGGUACGGCGUGGUGCUAUCAGGGUUGUUCGCUUGCGCGCACUGGGCGGUCGGCUGGGGUUCCCUGGGCUCUCCAAGUAGAUCGCGACUGCUAGCUCGCGGAUCAUGGUUGGUUAUUACGACGAUGUUCGCUUUACUCUGGAGAAGGGACGGCCAGGGAGCGGCCCUGCCUCUGACCGUCUGUGGCCUGCUAUUCUACGUGGCAAACGCCCUGGUCCUUGGAGCAUCGUACGCGCCCUCAGCUGCUCUGGCGCUUUUGACUGGAUUUUUGGUCUUGACUAUUGUUUCAACCGAGAAGAACUCGACGAGUACCAAAUUUUCAUUAUCAACGCGGUGCAGCUCAAGCGUAGCAUGCGCAUGGGCACUUCUAGCGUCAUACUUCUUCUAUGGGACAGGGCACCAUGCAACGCUGGGUCACGUGCGGUGGGCCCCGGCUUUCCAUGCGGGGGACCCCAACUACUUGGCCAUCGGUCCGCCCAUCACUGCCACACUUGUGUCCCUUGAUCUCUUUGGAAUGCCGCUAAUGUUCGGCGCGGCCGUCCCACUGCUGGCCUUGUGGGGCAAGACAGGCGCCUCCAACGUGGGCCCGCGCACACAGCUCGCAGCGGUCUUCUCGCUGUGCCUCAAGUUCGCGCUCUGCUUUGCUAUUAGAGUGUUCGCGUGCGCUAUGUCAGCUACCAUCCACUGCCGUCACCUCAUGAUCUGGGGCGUGUUCACGCCCAAGCUGUUAUUCGAGAGCGGCGCCUGCGCAGCGGCCUUAGCCGGCUGCGUGCUCGGCGCAGCACUAGCCACGUGGCACAUCCCUACCGCCCACCGCUCCAGCUGACCCAAGCGGCUUGGGUAACUACGUCACUAGUGAUAAGGUCCACAAUCCGAUGCCUGUAGACGCAGCGGGCCGAAACAAGUGACAUUCGUGAUAGUUUUGAAUUUCGAAAACGCUUUAGGGAGCGCAGCUAAACACUGGCGUUUUAACAUGUCGUUGUAAAGGUGCUAUAUUUUACAACAAGAAUGUAUAGUCUGAUGUAUGAUAUGCAAUAGCAGUUAACUAUAAAAAAAGCCGGAGUGAAGGCGAGUCGACAUUACAACUGUCACGUUUGUAUAGGGGGGCAGGUAUUUCAUAAAAUCUGAUUAUGGUCUUUACGAAUGUGACAUUUUCGACCCCGGAUUUGGGAAAGUAUCUGUAGCAAUUUUAAAACUAUGGGCGUCUAUGGGGCAUCGAAAUUUGUGAAUAAGUUUCACUGUACAGCUAGUAAAUCUAGUAAAAAAAAUCGAUAAAAUCUGAAAGUUUUAACAUAAUACAUUAUAUUUCUGUUUUUAUGGGUUGUAUUCUAGCUACAGAGCUUAGCUAGUGGUUUUUAUUUUGUUAGAAAUUAAUUUUAGUUCUCUUUCUUAAAACCUUCUGACCUCUUGACUCUAUUGUACACUGUAAGUAAAAAGUAAGGUCUUAUAUGCAAUAAUUAUUUCAUACGGAUUUUAGAACUGCAUUAGUAUAGUUUUGGGAUCAAGUAUUAAUAUUAUUAUAGGGGUUAAAGUUACAGUUUAAAGUGUCAUAAUCCUGUGCCCCGAUUGCGCUAAUUUUUAACGUCUCCAAUUCAUUGGCGCUUCGAGGUGCAAAUUCGGUAUCGCGGUAAAGUUCACGCGCAAACAAAGACGAAACAACGGAUUUAAUCACUUUCCAAUGAAAGUCCGAACACCUUAUUUUUUAGCUGUCAAAGCGACACCGCGAUACGAAUUUGUGAUUUUAGUUCGUCGUCUAGUCGCGUUGCAGUUGAAAAUAUUUAGCGCAAUCGGGGCACUGUGUUUCACUUUUAUGUUAAUUGUACAGCCAAUGGCACUUACUCCUAACCUAAUCUUUAUGUUUGUUCCACUGAUAUUUUAAAUGUCCAAUAUUUUGCUUAACAAACAUUUUGCAAACAAUAUUACCUAUCUAUAAAAUUAUAAUACAUUUUACACUAGCAUUUAUUUUUAAUUUUAUUUAUGCAUAUUUUUAGUUAGACCAGUAUUUAUUAGUAAAAGAGAUUUUACUUACUUAUUAUUAUUAGACCAAUAUGCAUAUUAGAUAUUAUUAUUACAUGCUGCAUGCAUAAUAUGCGGAAAUAUAAAAUACUACUGCAAAGAAUAAGUAGGUAUGUGACACGCAUUUUUUAAUUUAACUUAUUACAUAAUUCUGUCAAAUGUAAUAAGAUAUUUUAUGUAAGGUACUUAUUACAAUUGUUUGAAAUGGCAAGUGAGUUUUUUGCGUGGAAACUAAUAUGCAAGAUUUUAUACUUUUUUAAGGGGAAUGUUAUUGAGUGUGAUUUGUUGUACUACGCUAGCUAUAGUAUGUGAUAGCUAUGGGUUUUUAAAAUGCUGAAAAUUGGUUGUAUAAAUUGUGUUGUUCUUGCAAUGUUGAACGAAUUUUGUCCAAAGCAUUGAUGAUAAUUAUCUUAAGUAUUAUUGAGCGUAUUAACACUGCCAUGGGGCUGUUAAAUUUUUUAUUAGAAUUAAUCGUUUUAUAUUAAAAUGUUGACUUAUACUCAACUUAAAUUUUUAUAGUGAUGUUAUUUGCUUUUCUUAAAAUUACAGCCUUAGAAAAUGUACAAUAGGUACUUAUUGAUGUACAAAGUAGUUUUAAUUUAUUCAAUUACUAUACAAAAGACCAUUAUUUUAAUGAAUUAAUAAAUAUUUGUAAUAAAUAUUGCUGAUGUAGCCACAUGCUGUUCUGUAUUUACAUAAAACUGCCAUAUACUAUAAUAUACCAUAAU